CCUACCUCCCUUGGUCUGCCAUCGUCAGUUCGUAUUGUUCGUUACUCGUCUACAUCAACCAGCGACCCCCCCCUGCAUCAACUGCGCUCGUUCCGUAUUCUUUUCAUGAGACAGAACCUGCGCUCCGAUGAAUACGUCGUCAACGCGUGUUAAAGUCCUGACUAGGAAGAAUGGCGGGGGUGUGGCCGGUACUCGUCAGGGCUACCAAAAGGCCAUAAUUCCGUCGCAAGCAACUGGGUCAGGUCCAGGACCCCUUGGCCCAGGCGUUUUUGGAGCCUCGAUGAGUAGCAUGAACAGCCCGACCAGUAACUCGUCGUAUUUGCAUCUUGACUGGGGUUUGGAAUAUUGUUAUCUCGAUGAGACUCUGACUUCAUCGGCGCCAACUCAGCAGCUUGGUUCGCCUCCUCUACAUUCAGAAGCGACUGGCACAUGGAAAAUGGCGCCAUGCACUGAUGUGGCUGAAGCUACAUCUGAACUUGCGUCCUCGCCGUCUAAUGUUGACGCUUUGAUCGAUGAUCAAUUCGACAGGGUUGAGAGGAGAGUGUUGGAAAAACGGAAACCAAGGCGCGAGCAUACCCGUCAAGGCUCAGGGUUUGGUUUUGUCCCACCUUCGAAGGCGUUCAAGGUCAUCGAGGCGUCUGAGAGGAUAAACGAAAAAUUUGUCGCCGACGCUGUUGCCAGAAGCCAGAUAAGCGCUCGGAAGGUCAAUAAGAGGAGACCCCCGCCCAUUCACAAGGCAGCCUAGGAAGGG